AUGGCCUCUGGAUACACCAUGAUGGACCCCAUCUGUAUGGUGGAAAAUCAGAAUAAUCAGCUGACAGUAAAUCCAACAGCACUGGAGAUUCUAGACAAGAUCUCUCAGCCUGUGGUGGUGGUGGCCAUCGCAGGUCUGUAUUGGACAGGAAAAUCCUUCCUGAUGAACUGCCUGGCAGGACAGAACCAUGGUUUCUCUUUGGGCUCCACAGUGAGGUCUGAAACCAAGGGCAUCUGGAUGUGGUGUGUACCACACCCCUUGAAGCCCAACAAUACUCUGGUCCUUCUGGACACUGAGGGUCUGGGCGAUGUGGAAAAGGGUGACUCAAAAAAUGACUCAUGGAUCUUUGCCCUGGCCGUGCUUCUUAGCAGCAUGUUUGUCUACAACAGCAUGAGCACCAUCAACCACCAGGCCCUGGAGCAGCUGCACUAUGUGACUGAACUAACCAAGCUAAUCAGGACAAAGUCCUCUCCCAGCUCUGGUGAAGUAGAUGACUCAGCCGAGUUUAGGAGUUUCUUUCCAGACUUUGUUUGGGUUGUACGGGAUUUCAUGCUGGAGCUGAAGUUAGAUGGACGUAAUAUCACUGAAGAUGAGUACCUGGAGAAUGCCUUGAAGUUGGUUUCAGGCGAGGAUCCCCAAAUCCAGAAGUCCAACAUGCCUAGAGAGUAUAUCAAGAAGUUCUUUCCAAAGCAAAAGUGCUUUACCUUUGACCGGCCUACAAAUGACAAAAAGUUAUUACUCCAUAUGGAGGAGGUGUCAGAAAACCAACUAGAGUGCAGUUUCCAGGAGCAAUCCAAAAAUUUCUGUAACUAUAUCUUCACAGAAGCAAAAACCAAGACCCUCAGAGAGGGAAUCAUUGUCACUGGAAAUUGGUUGGGGUCUCUUGCAAAGGCCUAUGUGGAUGCCAUCAAUAGUGGAGCAGUGCCUUGUUUGGAAAAUGCAGUGACAACUCUGGCUGAACGUGAGAACUCAGCAGCCAUGCAGAAGGCAGCCGACCACUACAGCGAGCAGAUGGCCCAGAGAGUGAGCUUCCCCACAGACACGCUGCAGGAGCUGCUGGACCUGCAUGCAGCCUGUGAGAAGGAAGCCAUUGCAAUCUUCAUGGAGCAUUCCUUCAAGGAUGACAACCAAGUGUUCCAAAAGAAACUUAUGGGCACCAUAGAGAAAAAGAAGGAAGAUUUCUUGCUGCAGAAUGAAGAGGCAUCUACCAAAUAUUGCCAGGCUCAGCUUAAACAGCUUUCAGAGCCACUGUUGGAAAAUAUUUUGAGAGGAACAUUCUCUGUGCCAGGAGGAUACAAUCUCUACGUAAAAGAAAUGGACAAGGUUGAACAUUCCUAUAACCUGGUACCCAGGAAAGGAGUGAAGGUGAGGAAUAAAAAGAGGAUAGCUGAGCAGGCAAAGAAGCAGGCAGUGGAAAAGGAACUGCAGCUAGUGAGACAGACAUUGAAUGAACUCCAGCAAAAAAUGGAGGCUCAAGAGAAAAUCUUUCAGGAAAACCUACUCGAGAUGAAAAAGAUGAAGACAGAAAUAGAAAGCCAACUGAGAAAGCAGGAAAGAAUGCGAAAGCAAAAUCAAAGGAUGUUAGAAGAAAUUGUUCAAAGAUUAAAUAAACUGGAAAAAGAUAUUAAAGAACAGAAAGACGUCACUUCAAAGAUCUUCAAUGUGUUUAUCUCGGUGUUGCCUUCAGCAAUCACAGCAGGGCUAUUUGGAUUCAAAAAGUAUUUCUGA